UGUAAGACCUUUUCCUUUGUGAUGUGGCUUCCGUUGCUUUGGCCUUGCAUCUUCGCAAUGAUGAGCGUGUUUCCGUUUGAGAUUGCUGCAUUUAGAUGGGAAGGAGUAUGCAUAUAUCCCUCAUCUGGCUUUUCAUUUAUCUUUCUUUCUCGUCUCCACUUCUCUUCAAUCUACUCCUCUUCCCAUCAUCCUCUCGCGAUAUAUAUGCGUCGCCUGUUGAGAUAGACGAUCUGAAGGUUGAUCCGAUCUCCUCGAUGUCUGGCAGUACAUUCUUAUUACCCAUCACACAUGGUUCCUGGAGAUUUCGUGUUUGUCAUUAUAUCAUUCGGGCUGUUUUUUACACUGAGCGCCUUGGGAGUUGAAUUCGUUGCCCAUUUCUUUUGGCUUUCUUUUUGUUGUUUCUUGUUUCCGUGCAGCGUUUUUCCAUCCAUCAUCCAUCACUCAUCACAUCAUCCGAUGGUUUCGGUUCUCAGUACCGAUUCCCAUCCUAUCCCAUCCCAUCCUAUCCUCUUCUCUUCUCUUCUCUCCUCGAGAGCGGUUUCACCACUCCGAUGCACAGUCCAUUCCUGCCACAUAGUGUCCUCCUUGUUUUCCCCGCUGCCCUUCUUCACUCCAUGGUUCUUUCAUAGGUAGUCUUACGUAUAGGUAUACUCAGGAAAAGAUCUGUCAUCUACUAUUAAUUUCUUCGC